CCGGCCAGGGGCCUCCAUUCUACAGCUCUUUAGUUGGUUCUCUGCUUUGUCCGGGGGGAUACCAUCUUUAGUCUCUCUACUUUCAGAGGUCAGUCAAUCUCCGAUUAUUCUUUUUCUUUUUUUCCCUUUUUCACCCAUUUCUCUGUUGCUCCAUGUCUCCAUUCACAGUCCAUCAGCACGAAUAUCACCUAUAACUUUCGGCCAUGCUUCACAAGUUUCCAAACAUCUUUAAUUCAAUUCAGUCUACAAGAAUUAAAGCCCUAAACCCAUGGAACUCCCUGUAUAGAUAUUGUCAUUUUAAGAAAAAGGUGGGUUUUGAUUCUUUAAACUCGACAUCGACUUUGGCAUCAAAAACUGCCCAAAACAGUGUUGCAAUAUUCUGGGAUUUGGAUAACAAGCCCCCAAAUUCAUUCCCUCCUUUUGAAGCUGCUAUCAAGUUGAAAACGGCAGCUUCUUCAUUCGGGGUUGUUAGGUCCAUGGUAGCCUAUGCUAAUCAUCAUGCUUUUGGCUAUGUACCAAAAGUUGUUAGGGAGCAGAGGAAAGAGAGGAAAUUGUUGAAUCAGUUAGAGAAUAAGGGUGUGAUUAAGUCAGUUGAGCCCUAUUUUUGUAGAGUUUGUGGGAGAAGAUUUUACACUAAUGAGAAACUUAUUAAUCAUUUUAAGCAAAUUCACGAGCGUGAACAUCAGAAGAGGUUGAACCAAAUAGAGUCUGCUAGAGGGAGUAGGAGGGUGAAAUUGGUAGCUAAGUAUUCAAUGAAAAUGGAGAAGUAUAAAAAUGCGGCCAGGGAUGUU